GUUCCUGACCUUCACCGUCUAGUAAGGUAAACAACUCAGUCUUCAACAGACAACAAAGUAGCUAUCACAUCUUGUUAAACCUUUGUCGUAUGAUAACGAUGGCAAAGCUUUUUYUGAAGAAACUUUAUAAAUGGCGACAAUACUUAAUCUUGUUAUUAACUCCUCUUCUUCUGGCUCCUUUGCCYAUCAGCCUGCCUUCAACGGAAGCGCGGUGUGCCUUUGCYAUCCUAAUCAUGGCCAUCUACUGGGUCACCGAGGUCAUCCCACUUGCCGUCACGGCUCUGUUACCCUUGGUACUGUUCCCAUUACUGGGUGUGGUCGGCUCCAAGCAGAUAAGUCCUCCAUACUUYAAGGACACUACUAUUUUGUUCAUUGGUGGUCUGAUCGUCGCUGUGGCCAUUGAACAUUGGAAUCUACACAAGAGAAUUGCGCUCCGAGUUCUGCUGUGCGUCGGGACUCAACCAAGAAGGUUGAUGCUUGGCUUCAUGUCGAUCACGGCGUUCCUGUCCAUGUGGAUUAGCAACACAGCGACUACUGCCAUGAUGGUGCCCAUAGCAGAGGCGGUAYUACAAGAGAUCAAACCAGAAAAGUUGGAUAAGGACGAGGACGAGGUCGCCGAAGACAAUGGAAAUUCUCUUGAACUGGUCGACGCUUCCGCCGCUCGAAAAGAACCAAAACUUGAAAAGGAAAAGGAAGAACCAAAGAAAGAAGAAAGCGAAGCAGAACUAGGUUUAAUCGUUACAGUUCAACCAGAAGAAAGAAAAUUGCAGGAAGAUAAAGACGAAGAGGAUGACCACACCUUCUUCUCACGCAUGAGCAAAGGUCUUAUUCUGUGUAUUGCUUAUGCGGCUAAUAUUGGAGGCACUGCCACUCUCACGGGCACUGGACCGAAUCUCGUGUUCAAUGGCCAAGCACAAAGUGUUUUUCCUGACAGUCCUGCUGUCGGUUUUGGCCAGUGGUUYAGCUUCGCUUUCCCUCAGAUGAUAAUUCUUUUGCUCGUAUCCUGGGUUUGGCUGCAGGUUUUUUUCUUGGGCUGUUGUAGGGGUAAAGGGAGUAAAGAGAAAAGCAAGAAGCAGGGACAAUCCAUCAAAAGAACACUUCGUAAACAAUAUCAGCAGAUGGGACCGAYGUCAUUUGCAGAAAAAGUCGUUCUUUGUCACUUUGUCAUCUUGGCUUUUCUGUGGCUGCUAAGGGAGCCUAAGUUYAUGCCUGGAUGGGCCAUUGCGUUUAAUAAAGGUUAUGUCAAAGAUGCAACAGCAGCRAUGCUCAUCGCUUUUUCUCUGUUCAUUUUUCCUUCUGAAAAACCAAAGAUUUUUUGCUGGAAUACCGAAGGAAAAGCUACCAAGCCUCCUCCGACGAUACUAACCUGGAAGACUGUUGCCUACAAGUUGCCUUGGAAUGUAGUCAUCCUAUUGGGCGGUGGAUUUGCAUUGGCUGAAGCAGCUCAGAUUUCUGGGCUAUCUCAGUGGCUUGGGUACCAGCUCAGAGCUUUGGGCGCCAUCCCUGAUUUUGCUAUCGUCUUAAUUGUAUGUUUGAUCACGUGCGCAUUUACGGAAAUUACGUCAAACGUUGCCACGGCGACCAUCUUUCUUCCUAUUUUAGGAACAUUGGGUAAAAGUAUAGGCACUCAUCCAUGGUAUUUUAUGGUCCCUGCGACAAUUUCCUGUUCAUUCGCCUUCAUGUUACCUGUAGCAACGCCGCCCAACGCCAUUGUGUUUUCAUAUGGUCAUCUUAAAGUCAAGGAUAUGGCCAAAGCCGGGUUUGGAAUGAAUGUUAUUGGCAUUGUCGUACUCAUGACCUGCUUCCAUCUCUACGGAGUCAAGAUAUAUGGACUAGAAUCUUUGCCUGACUGGGCUUUACAUUCUAAAAUACCUAGCAAUUAUACCUUAGUAUGCAAGAACGUAACCAUGUAAUCUAGCCAGUGUAGAUGGAGGAGUGGAGGCUGGGAAGAGGGGUGGAAACUGGGUAGUCAAUCCUUGUUGCGCUUGUUCCACAGGGUAUGGAUAUACUAAGUAUAUACUAGUGUAUAUAGUGUACAUAUGUAAGUAUUAAUUACCAUUAUAUAAUAGUUUUAUAAUCUUUAUUCAAUAGCCCUUUUCCCUUUUUUUUUCUUUCUCGAAGAUAUUAGCUUUGUAAGCUACUCUGAAAUUCGAGGUUAAAUAAAGUUUAUGUAUGUAUGUAUGUAAAUAUAACAUGCUAGCAUUCUAUGUGAUUAUUCCAUCGAUGGGCUACCUGUGGCAGGUAUAUUAAUCACAGGGAUUCCAAAAGCAAGACAAUAAAAGAGAUGGAAUWCUGCAGAGAAAAAACACUUAUAGUUUAUAGUUUCAAAGACAUUAGGAACGUACGACGUCUCGGAUUCGUCGUGACCCAUUAUAUUAAGCGUAAAUAAAUAGCUAGAGUUCAAUGUUGUUAUAUAAAGUUUAUAUUUUGUUCCACUUUUUCUUCUAACACAUGCAGAUACAAGCCGUUGCAAUAUCUGAUCACAAAAAAAUAAAGCCAUAAAAUAUAGCCAUCCUCUAUUUCAAUAUUUACCUAWGACAAAGCAGUCAUCCAACCAUCUUAUAAAUAAGAGUAGUCUCUUGCCAAGAAUUAAUACAGGAAGAUUUAAAAAUAGUUUUAUAAAUAGAUUACAUUUUAAACAUAGA